AUGAUCAGGUUCUAUAUGAAUUUGGUUUCCGAUUUCAAAAUAAUCAUCAGCGAUAUAUUGCAGGUGGAUCUCAUGAUUUGUGUACAUAUGGUUUCGGCCUCGGGAACCAUCGGAGAGCUCGUUUGCCGCUCUCCUCGGAAGUUGGAGGCUUUUGUUAGCACAGGGGACGUCUUCUUGCGCCCUGGAUACUAUAUCGUCAUAUGCCAUAGUCUGUCUACAUUGGGAUCGCGAAAGAUUCAAGGAUUUUUAGCCAUUCAUAGCUCCAAGCCAACUUUUGCUGAUAUGGUGCCUUGCUCUUCGGCAUUGUACACGGAUUCACUGGUUCAACUCGCUUUGAAGGAAGGGAGACUCCAUAGCUCUUUAAAUGGUGUAUACCCUCGCUACAUAACAGAAGAUUUUUCUGGUUUAUUGUUAAUGGUGGAUAAUGUUCUGGAGGAUAUGUAUGUGCAUGUAAAAGUUGAAUGUUCUAACUCCAUAAAUGUGCUGUCGUCACGAGGGACUUUGGACGUUGCAGAUUCUAUCCCACCACUUAGUCGACAGGUAUUUCAAGAGCUUGGUGUUUACAUUGUUUCUAGAUCUCAUAUUUUAGAUUGUGAUGAUUUUGACACAUUUUGA